AAAAAAUGUCAAGGUCGGCUGGAAAAGCGAUGUCUGAAAUCGCGAAAAAUUUAAGCAAGGUUCGUGAUAGGAUAGCUCAUGCCAUAAAAAAUCGACCUAUUUGUUAUGAUUCGGUAAAUGUCCGUUUAGUAGCUGUGGGGAAAACGAAGCCCUCAUCACAAAUACAAGACGCGUAUAACGCUGGUCAAAGAAAUUUUGGCGAAAAUUACGUUAACGAACUAGUGGAAAAGUCAAGGGACGAUGUCUUAAACGAAGCAUGUCCAGAUAUAAAAUGGCAUUUUAUUGGUCAUCUUCAGAGUAAUAAAGUUAACAAGAUUACAACAAUACCAAAUUUAUAUAUGAUUGAAACAAUCGACAGCGAAAAGUUAGCGAACGCAGUGAAUAAAUCAUGGCAGAGAGUAGAAGCGAAAGAUGCUCUAAACGUAAUGGUUCAGGUAAACACUAGCGGAGAAGAUCAAAAAUCAGGAAUUAAUCCGUCAGAGGCUCAUAAACUAGUAGAUCAUAUACGUCAAAACUGUCCAAGCUUAAUGUUUAAAGGACUAAUGACAAUUGGAGCAAUGAACUACGAUUUAACUUUAGGACCUAAUCCAGACUUUCAACAGUUAAUUCAAUGUAGGAAAAAUGUUGCUGAGAAGUUGGGAUUGAACGAACUCGAUAUAGAAUUAUCAAUGGGAAUGUCAAAUGAUUUUGAACACGCAAUAGAAAAUGGCAGCUCAAAUAUUAGAGUAGGCAGUACUAUUUUUGGUGCUCGACAAUAUAAUACAACAUAAAUAUACGAAAUAGAAUACAGAUUUCUUUUAUUCUUUCUGUCUGCUUUUCUUAUUUAAAACCACAAUUAAAAAUACAUUUAACAACGUUGAAAGUGAUAACAGUAAGCAAAAAUGAGACAAAAAGCAAGAAACCAAGUAUAUCUAACAUACGAUAGCUAAAUAUAGGUAGAGUUUGUCCAGAGCUUUUUAGAUGGCUCCCACCAAAUUUAACUAUGUUUUGUACUUCGUGAGUUAUUCUGUUCAAACAACUUAGCGGUUCGGAUCGGAUUAUAUUUUUAGCCUUUUCUGCAUAUUUCCUAUAGCCUUCGUUACUCAAUACUUCAAGAAUACAUUCACGUAGCUUUUGCUCUUGUAAAUCCAUCAAACUUAACUGGCGGCCGUAUUUACUGUUGUAAACUCGUUCGGCGUCCUCAAUAUAAAGCAUCGGUUUACCAUGGAAGAUUGCUUCUAUUUUACUAUUUGAAGAGCCAUCGGUAAUUAACAUAUUCACUCUAUCAUCUCCCAAGAUAUCGUUGAUAGGUAGUCGAGUCCAUAGUCGGACGUUAUCGGGCACAUGUAAUGUCUUCCUCUCAUCAACCCCUAAUUGAUAAUUCCAAAUGAAGAAACAGUCUAUUCCUUCGAAUGUUUUCAAUAAAAGUUUUGUUUGACUAAUUGAAAAUUUGCAGGAAUAAAAAUUAAUAAUCACAAUACUAUUCCCUUCUUGGGCUUUUAGCAAGUUAUUUAGCUCUACUGGAAGUAUUUUGGCGGAAUGAGCUGUGACGGAAUGUAUAUUCAGUACGUUAGGCCAAAUUGGCGAUGGAUUAUAUAAGAAAUAACUAUUUUGUACUAUAAAUAACUCUGAUACGGCUACUAGAUCCUCCCAAUGAUUUAUAUUAUCAUUCUGACGGUAUUUAAAGAGGAUGUUUUUGUGGAUAGGCUCCCGGAAAUAAGGAAGAAAUCUUGAGACGACAUAGUUCAAACGAUCCCAAAAGCUCAUAUGUUCAUCUAUUAAAGGAAAACCUCCAAAAGCUGGAUCAUCUAGACUAUCAGCAUAAGUUAUAUAGGGAAUAUUAAAUCGAUGGGCGAUGACAUGCAUAAAUCUGCACGAGGAAGGACCAUCGAUAAUAGCCAAAUCGAAUUUAUAAUCUUGUAUUUGGCGCAUCAAUCCUGAAUCGGAUAACAUUGCCAAAGUUUCGUUAAAGUAAAAUUGAAUGUUGGUUCUAUUAAAUUUAUAAAAUUCAUUCGUUUGACCUUCGACCCCUUCAUAAGUCCAAGGUUCUACAUAUUUUCUGAAGCUUUUUAGUGUAGUUUUCACAGGAUAAGUCGACUUCAAGACGCCAACAACCUAGUUAGUAUAUUUAUUUAAAAAAUAUACCAGUAUGUUAUAAAACUUGAUUCUUUAAAUAGACUGAAUAUGUAAAUCUACCAAAAGUUGCUUACGUCGUGGCCACUUUUUACGAGAGCGUCUCCUAUCGUCCAUAUGGGAACUGUUCUUUCUGGAACUUGUAUUGUAAGAAGAAGAAUUUUUGCCGUACUUACAAUAUGAACGAAGGAAAGAAUUAGGAGGGCACUGUUUAUUUUCAUCUUGAAGACCUUUAACCUUAGAAAUGUACUGCCAUCUGUCGACGAAACAAAAUAUCCAAGAGAAACGAAACACCUUUCACUUUCUUGAGAUUUUUUUUUAUGAUUCACCGUCUAUCACGUACAAUAUACAAACGUAUACGUUUAGAGAAUAGCUUCCUGUUUGUAUACUACUGUAAAAACUUGCGGGCACGAGGAAUAGAAAUUUUAUAAUAGUUUUACGAAAAGAAUUUUAUGAUAGUG